AUGGUAGACAAGUCGGAGCUGGUCGCGUUCGAGCGCGAGAAGCGCCUGUACAAGGACGCCUACGUGGAGAGCUUCCGAUCAGUGCGCUACUUCCCGUCGCUGGCUACCAUCGGCGCCGGGCGGACGGACGGUGACAGCAUCGUCUUAGUGCAGGAGCCGCAGGUCCCGGUCGCCAGCGAAGGCACGCCGAUCGAGCUGCGAUCCAGGUUCGUCGACGACGCCGCGAGCCGCCUACCAGACUCGCUCGAGAAUAUCUUUGACACUACGCUGCCGCUGACGAUGUUCCGGUCCGCCGUCAUGUGCAAGCACUCCAAGGCUCGCCAGGAGCGGCGCGCAGGCGAAGCCGCUUCUGGCGGGUGUUCCGCUUCCAAGGCCGGUUUGGCCGCUGCACCGAGCCGAGUCAGAGGUCACAGCAACACGCCAGGCGUGUUCAAGCCCACCAGCGUGGUGGGGGCCAAGGGGGCCAUCCAGCGCAAGGUCACGUACGACGGACAACCGUUCCAGGACAAACCACGCUCCAUGCGAUCGGUCACGCCGCGUACCGCCGCACCGCUGCCGUGGGCCACCAACAACCCCACGCACGCUCGCAAAGAGAUCUGUGGCCGGACCUUCUUCAACGUGCCACCCGAGGGGCCCAUCAAGGCCGACCGCAAGUACACACAGGAGUUCAUUCGCCUCAGCAUGGAGGCCUACCACGCCGGUCGCCGCCACGCUGCCACGGCCUACAAGGGAGAUUCCCGACAAGACCACUAG